AUGGGUCUGAUUAUGGAGGCCACUUUGGUGACAAGUGGACAUGUUGAAGUUUCCAACAAGGAACUUAAGAGGAUUCUAGAGAAGACCAUCAGUAUUUCAAGAAAGGACUGGUCUAGGAAGCUUGAUGAUGCUCUCUGGGCAUACCGGACAGCGUACAAGACUCCUAUUAGCGUGUCCCCUUAUCAACUGGUCUUUGACAAAGCCUGUCACUUGCCAGUCGAAUUGGAGCAUAAAGCUUACUGGGCAAUCAGGUACCUGAACCUUGAUUCAGAAGCUGCAGGAAUUAGGCGAAUGCUUCAGUUGAAUGAGCUUGAUGAAUUCAAAUACUCAGCCUAUGAGAAUGCCAAGCUCUAUAAAGGAGAGAACCAAACUACUGCAUGA